CCGCCCCGCCCCCACCGCGGCUUCACAAAGCGCCAGAGCAAUGGCCGCCGUCCGCUCGCUGCCGACUCGGGGCCCAAGAGUGACUGCCCCCGGCCGCCAGUGAGAGCCGCCGACACGGUGGAUACGGCCUGACGGCAACCAUUCCUCCGCCCACCUGGCCAAUCGAUCCAGAUCCUGCUGCUGCUGCUGUCGUUUGGUUCUUGAUCUCUCUACCUUCAACCUAGAGCCAUGGCCAGCGGUAAACUUCUUAGCUUCCAGUUCGCGGAGCACGAGGGUUCGACAUUACGGCGCAUGAACCAGCUACGGAUGGAGGAAUGGUUCUGCGACGUGACCAUCGUGGCUGGCGGGCUGCGUUUCCCCGGGCACCGUGUGGUGCUGGCGGCCUGCUCGCCCUUCCUGCGCGACCGCUUCCACAUGGACCCGUCGCGGGAGGUGCAGGUCUGCCCCAUGGCGGGCGGCGAGGUGGUGCAGCGGCUGCUGCUGUCCUGCUACACCGGCACGCUGGAGUUCCCCUUCCGCGACAUCGUGGACUAUCUGGCGGCGGCCAGCUGCCUGCAGAUGGAGCACGUGGUGGAGAAAUGCCGCCAGUCGCUGUCCCCGUGUGUAGCAUCGUCGCUGCUGAGCCAGGAAUGCGACGAGCGGCCGGCCACCCCCUCCUCGUCCUCCACCAACCGAGCGCAUGAGGUAGCAUGGCCGGUGAAGCAGGAGGGGCGGGGGGAGACCACCGGACCAUCCCCCUGCGAGCCCGACCCCCGCAUCCACUCCACCGUGGGGGGCAGAGCAGAGGAAGAGGGGUCAGAGGAGGAAGAGGAGGAUGAGGAUGAUGAGAGCACUGCCAGCGAGGGGCUUCAACGGGCCCCGGAGGUCCCGCCGGGUACUGUGUCGGUCCACCCGCCUCCCGCGCCGGGUACCGACACGCCGGCACGCUGCUCCGAGUGCGGGGCCGACUUUGAGCAACGGGAACAUCUAGCCGCCCACAUGGUCAACCACCGCCUCUACAUGUGCCUGCUGUGCGGGAAGGUGUUCAAGAAGAACGCGCGGCUGGCCCAACACAUCAACGUCCACACCGGCUUCAAGCCCUACUGCUGCGCUGUCUGCGGCCGCAACUUCACCCAGAAACGGUCCCUCAAGGACCACAUGAACGUACACAACGGCGACGCACCGCACUGCUGCUCCUACUGUGACAUGCGCUUCACCCACUACAACACCCUACGGGUCCACCUCCGCGACCAGCACGGGAAGACCACCACACACAACACCAGCGACAGCAAGAUCGCAGAGGUCAAGGUGGUGCUGCCUUAGGGCAGGUUGGGUGGGCGAGUGGGGGUUCGGGGAUCAACCAGCUCCCCCACUCCCCUCCCCCACUCUCCUCCCCACUGCUCCUCCCCCUCUCCUUCCCAAUCCCCAAUCAGUACCCCGUUCCUGCCUUCUCCCCAUAUCCCCUGACUCCGCUAUUUUCAAGAGCCCUAUCUAGCUCUGUCUUGAAAGUAUCCAGAGAACCUGCCUCCAUCGCCCUCUGAGGCAGAGAAUUCCACAGACUCACCACUCUCUGUGAGAAAAAGUGUUUCCUUGUCUCCGUUCUAAAUGGCUUACCCCUUAUUCUUAAACUGUGGUCCCUGGUUCUGGACUCCCCCAACAUCGGGAACAUGUUUCCUGCCUCUAGUGUGUCCAAACCCUUAAUAAUCUUAUAUGUUUCAAUGCGAUUUCCUCUCAUCCUUCUAAACUCCCAGCUGCUCCAUUCUCUCAGCAUACAGGGUCUUGGUGAGACCACACCUGGAGUAUUGCGUACAGUUUUGGUCUCCAAAUCUGAGGAAAGACAUUAUUGCCAUAGAGGGAGUGCAGAGACGGUUCACCAGACUGAUUCCUGGGAUGUCAGGACUGUCUUAUGAAGAAAGACUGGAUAGACUUGGUUUAUACUCUCUAGAAUUUAGGAGAUUGAGAGGGGAUCUGAUAGAAACUUACAAAAUUCUUAAGGGGUUGGACAGGCUAGAUGCAGGGAGAUUGUUCCCGAUGUUAGGGAAGUCCAGGACAAGGGGUCACAGCUUAAGGAUAAGGGGGAAAUCCUUUAAAACCGAGAUGAGAAGAACCUUUUUCACACAGAGAGUGGUGAAUCUCUGGAACUCUCUGCCACAGAGGGUAGUUGAGGCCAGUUCAUUGGCUAUAUUUAAGAGGGAGUUAGAUGUGGCCCUUGUGGCUAAAGGGGAUCAGGGGGUAUGGAGAGAAGGCAGGUACGGGAUACUGAGUUGGAUGAUCAGCCAUGAUCAUAUUGAAUGGCGGUGCAGGCUCGAAGGGCCGAAUGGCCUCUACUCCUGCACCUAAUUUCUAUGUUUCUAUAUGAUAGUUGUACAAGGACCCCCAGAUCCCGUUGUACUUCCCCUUUUCCCAACUUGACGCAAUUUAGAUAUUAAUCAUGGCAAGUAAGCAUGCAGGUACAGCAGGCAGUGAAGAAAGCGAAUGGCAUGUUGGCCUUCAUAACAAGAGGAGUAGAGUAUAGGAGCAAAGAGAUCCUUCUGCAGUUGUACAGGGCCCUAGUGAGACCACAGCUGGAGUAGUGUGUGCAGUUUUGGUCCCCUAAUUUGAGGAAGGACAUUCUUGCUAUUGAGGGAGUGCAGCGUAGGUUCACCAGGUUAAUUCCCAGGAUGGCGGGACUCAUAAUUUGAGAGAAUGGAGCGGCUGGGCUUGUACACUCUGGAGUUUAGAAGGAUGAGUGGUCAUCUUAUUGAAACAUAUAAGAUUAUUAAGGGUUUGGACACGCUGGAGGCAGGAAACAUGUUCCCGAUGUUGGGGGAGUCCAGAACCAGGGGCCACACACAGUUUAAGAAUAAGGGGUAAGCCAUUUAGAACAGAGAUGAGGAAACACUUUUUCUCACAGAGAGUUGUGAGUCUGUGGAAUUCUCUGCCUCAGAGGGCGGUGGAGGCCGGUUCUCUGGAUACUUUCAAGAGAGAG